CGAUGAUGACGUAGGCGAAACUUGCUAAGUUUGUCAGUUAUGGACCGGAAAAGAUGCUAGUGCGACCAUUUUUUUAUCCGAACCAAUUGGUAGGCAAAAGGAAAACACAAGUGGUGUUAAGUCCGGAAGCUGCCUGCCCGCCCGCCCGCAGAGAUGCACUCGUCCGUGAGGGAAAUCCCGCUCUCGUCCGAGCCCGACUCCUCCUACUUCCUGCGUGUGGACGAGAGUGGGCGGGGCUUGGCCUAUGGCUUCCAGCUGCUGCUCAGCGACGGACGACACGCUUGGAGUGGCGAAGCGAGCGAGGCGUCGGUGCGCCAGGAGGCGGCUGAACUGGAGAUGUCCACGGAGAAGUACGUCCAGGACCUGCGGGAGGCGCUGACGGGGGAGGCGGGCGUCCACUCUUACCGCUUCGCCCUGGCGCCGGCCACGCCCGACGGCGCCCUCACACUGACCUACGACAAAGUGCAGAAGGACAUCUCGUUCAGGCUAGGCUCGACACGGCUCGGGCCCGUCACCGAGCCCGAGCAGAUUGUCGGGGCUCUGCUGACCCGCAGUCUGGAGAGAGCCACUUCUCUGGAGCGGCACAACCGGGAGCUUCGGGAGCACAACCUACGGCUGCGACGAGAACAUGUCCGCUCCGGCGCCGAGUUGGAGCGCUACGCCAGCGGUAAGGAGGCCCUGGAGGCGGAGCUUUACGCUCGCUUUCUUCACGUCCUCAACGAGAAGAAAGCCAAGAUGCGCGGCCUGCGACAGACGCUCGAGCAGCUCCGGGAAGCCGGGAGCGGCGAGAAGCGAGAGCGGGCGGCUGAGGAGGCGGAGGGAGACGCGGUGGCGCCGCCGCCGCCGCCGGCCGUUGCAUCUUCCGGCGGGGCGCGCUCUCCUGGCCCGUGCGACGACAGCCUGAUCGACCUCGCCGACGUGGCGCCCAGUCGCAAGCGGCACUUCCGCCGCCGCCCGGGAGCCUUGGAGGCGGCCGUUGAGCGAGCGCACGCAAGCAGGAGCGACUCCCCGGCGGCAGCCAGUCAGCAGCAGCAGCCGGCGGCGGCGGCAGAAGAAGUGGAGGACCUCUUUGAGGACUUGUGACAGCCGCAAGAUGGAUGAGAAGAAGCAGCUUUUGUAGACGUCUGUCCAUCCGGGACUUUAGCCUUGGACGUUGGGACGGUGCGCUGCAGCGGAAUGAUUGUUACUCGAAUAAAAAGUGGCCAGGCCUGUUGG